AUGGAAGAAAAUGAUCACGGCAACAGAGACGUGGUGGAGCGGCAGGAGUCGGCGGAUGAGUCCAACAGAGCCAUCCUCCCCCGUUUACAGGCGCCGGGGAACCCGCAGGUCCCUCACCGGGUCACCAAUUUCUUCAUCGACAACAUCUUGCGGCCGGAUUUCGGACGGAAAAAGGACGGAGACUCGACCCGCGAGGAGAGCAGCCUGGCGUCGCGGGAGAGCCACAACGGCCACCCGGACACCCCUCAGACCGAGCCGGUGGGGAACACGGUGCCGGCGGAGGGGACCUCCACUCCGCACACAGUCACCGUGAGCAAGAAGCCCGCUAUAGCCGCCGAGGAGCCCCUGAAUCCCCGCGAGGAGGGAGGAGACCAGUGCCUAAGCUCAGACUCAGACAGUUCCCAAGCCAGCUCGAACCCACCCCCGUCCAAGUCCAUGCUGUGGCCAGCCUGGGUCUACUGCACCCGGUACUCGGACAGGCCUUCUUCAGGGCCAAGAUCUCGCAAACCAAAGAAGAAAACGACCAGCAAAGAGGACAAGCGACCACGGACGGCCUUCACCACAGAGCAGCUGCAGAGACUAAAAACGGAGUUCCAGACCAACCGCUAUCUGACGGAGCAGAGGCGGCAGAACCUGGCGGGGGAGCUGGGCCUCAACGAGUCCCAGAUCAAGAUCUGGUUCCAGAACAAGAGGGCGAAAAUCAAGAAGUCCACCGGCGCUAAAAACUCUCUGGCCUUGCACCUGAUGGCGCAGGGACUGUACAAUCACGCCACCGUCUCGUCGAAGGACGACAAAUCAGACAGCGAUUGAUUUCCGGAGACGUCA